AUGUCUUCUCAACAUCCUGUCCAUACGCCAACUCCUCUAGAUAUACGCGUGGACGCAUACAGCAUGGGGACCGGAGAGGACGAUUGGAUGGAAGAGCCCCCUCAAGAAACUGCGAAGUUGCCUCGCGUUCUCCGACCUGCUGAUCCAGCGUUGCGCGACUGGCUGCUACAUCAUCGUGACGAGUUCCUGAGAAUUCUGCUUUGGCGCCAUGGGAGGGGUGAUUUUGGGGAGCAUUGCGGCAACUGUGGCGAGAAGGACCCCUUGUAUCGAUGCAGAGAAUGUUUCGGGGGGGUCUUAACGUGCCAGACUUGCUGCGUGGAGUUACACCAAGAAAGCCCAUUUCAUUCGGUCGAGGUAAUCUUUUCAGUGAACUCAACGUUAUAUGUCCAGCUCAAAUUUUCACAGUUCUGGAAUGGGGCAUACUUCCAGAAAUGCUCGUUGAAGAUGCUGGGACUACGCUUUCAGCUUGGCCACCCGCCACGUCAAAGCUGCGACCGACCUAUUCCCGCUCGUCACGACUUCCUCAUUAUCCAUCACAACGGCCUUCAAGAGGUUUCUUUGGACUACUGUGGCUGUCGAAGAACUGCAGACGCGUACUAUGCUCAACUUCUGCGCGCUGGGCUUUACCCUGCCACAACCGACAACCCAAGGACCUGCGCAACCCUCCAAUGCCUCGAACAGUACCAUUGUUUAACGCUCCACGGCAAAAUCACUGGCUGGGACUUUUACCGUUCGUUGGAAACACAAACAAAUGCUACAGGAGUCAAGCCCCCAGAUCGAUAUCAGGUUUUUCUUCGAAUCGCGCGCGAAUACCGACAUUUAUUGUCACUCAAGCAUGGGGGCCGUGGCUAUGACUCGAGAGGGGUAUUGGGCACAGCGGCUGGGGAGCUAGCUUUACGUUGCCCUGCCUGUCCCCGUCCUGGGGUCAAUUUACCCGACGACUGGCAAAAUGCUCCUCCAUCGCAAGCGUAA